GGUAAAGAAUUUUGGCAUCUCCACCUACCCCUCCUCUUCUAGCAUUUUCCUACAUACAUACAUCCAUCCAUCAAACCUCACAAGUCACACAGUUGAGUAUUAUCUUUCAUAAACCACUCGCCAUCUAAUCCAUCUUUCUCCUCAUCUCUACAUACUCAGAAGUCAAAGGGGUGCUCUGAGAUCACACGUUAAACAUGGUAAAGGCAGUUGUAGUUCUCACCAGCAGUGAGGGUGUUUCUGGCACCAUCACCUUCACCCAAGAAGCAAAUGGUCCAACAAAUGUGACUGGUAAGAUCUCGGGCCUUAAGCCCGGACUUCAUGGAUUUCACGUGCAUGCCCUUGGUGACACGACCAAUGGUUGUCUAUCAACUGGACCUCAUUUCAAUCCUGCUAAUGUCGAGCAUGGUGCGCCAGAAGAUGAGAUUCGCCAUGCUGGGGACCUUGGGAAUAUCAAUGCUGGAGAUGAUGGCGUAGCUGAUGUCAAGAUUGCCGAUUCACAGAUACCACUUACGGGGCCAAAUUCUAUCAUUGGGAGGGCUGUAGUUGUUCAUGCUGACCCUGAUGAUCUUGGAAAGGGUGGACAUGAGCUGAGCAAAAGCACUGGAAAUGCUGGUGGAAGAAUUGCUUGUGGAAUCAUUGGCCUUUGUGCUUGAGUAGACUUGGUGGGGUGCUCGACUUUGUCGUUGGCCUUAUUUUCUCCAUUUCAUAAUAAAGCAGAUAUAUUCAUCUGUAACUUCCUAUAAUUUAACAUAUGAUUCUACAUUUUGAAAGUGUGGUAUCAUGGUUGGAUUUUGUGGUCAAGUACUUAAUUAUUGUGAGUUUUAUGUCAUAGUGAGCAUAUAUGCAUUUUUGAACAUAUUAUUAUCUUCAUCUGAGCGCGCGGGUUUCAUCUAUGAAAUCACUAAUUAAUAUUUGAUUUCUAUAACCUUGGCCUCAACUACAGAGAUUUGAAAACUUAUAUAGCAAUAUUUUGUACACUUGGUACUCUUGUAGAAAUUGGAUUUGUUCAAAUUAAAUGUACACUGGGACUCUAUUGUUUUUGAAAGCACGUAAGUCUUUAAUCAUGAAUCAUUAUGUUUUAG